AUGAGUGGCCGUCCUGCUCAACGAAUGUUCGGCAUCACUUCUGCGUUGUCCGUGGAAGGGCCAACAGAAAAGGACAAAGUAAUGACGGAAGAUCUUCAAAAAACGAUUGAGCCUUUUGGAUCCUUCGAUACACCAGAUGGCCUUUCGCAUCGCAUCCAAGUUUUGACGAAAUUGAACGAGUUGGUCAAAGAAUUUGUGAGAAAAGUAGCCAAGGAAUGCCGCCUGCCGGAACAUCUUCACGGAGAGCUCGGCGGAAAGAUUUACACUUUUGGAUCUUACAGACUGGGUGUUCACACAAGAGAUGGUGAUAUUGAUACACUUUGCGUCGUUCCACAACAUGUUACGAGACAUCAUUUCUUUACGAUUUUCCUGGAUAUGCUCAAGAAAACGGAAGGCGUAACUGAGUGCCGCGACAUCCGAGAAGCCUUCGUUCCCCUAAUUAAGCUCUACUUCGACGGCAUCGAUAUGGAUAUCCUCUUCGCGCGGCUGGCCAACAACAGCAAAGUGCCAGAAGACCAGGAUCUGCGGAACAUUGAAAUUCUGCGAAAUUUGGACGAGAAAUGCGUCCGAAGCUUGAACGGUUGCCGCGUUACUGAUGAAAUUUUACACCUCGUGCCGAACAUUGAAACAUUCCGCCUGACGCUCAGAGCUGUCAAACUAUGGGCUAGAAGAAAAGGAAUCUACAAAAACGCCCUCGGAUUUAUCGGUGGUGUCUGUUGGGCCAUGCUUGUCGCUAGAACCUGCCAACUUUAUCCAAAUGCUGCCCCAUCUACACUUCUUGAGAAAUUCUUCCUUCUCUUCUCGAAAUGGGACUGGCCGAAGCCCGUCUUCCUCAAAGUCCCCGAAGACGCGCCGCCCGGCUUCACCCACCCAGUUUGGGAUCCGCGUUUCAACCCCCUCGACCGAUCCCACUUGAUGCCCAUUAUCACUCCUGCCUACCCACAUCAAAAUUCAACCUUCAACGUGUCCCGUAGUACCUUAUCUGUCAUGAAGCAGGAGAUCAAAGACGCCUAUGAAACGACCAAACAAAUCCUUCAAAAAACUCCAAAUCCGGAUGAGCCGAACACUCGACUCUGGGCGGAGCUAUUCAACAAGACCGACUUUUUCAACAAAUACAAACACUUUAUAGUCCUUUCCGCCACUGCUGAUCAACAAGAACAGUAUCAAAAAUGGAUCGGACUGGUAGAGUCAAACAUUCGAAAACUGGUCAACGAUUUGGAACGCAACGAGUACAUUCUCAUCGCCCACGUCAAUGUCGAAUCAAUUGAGCUUGAUCCAGCUGAAGAAGGUCAAAGUCCUCGUUACGUCUGUCGCUGGUUCCUGGGUCUUUCUUUCCAUCGUUGCGAAGUCAAGCCUAACAUCAACCUGACCCAAGACAUCCAGCGAUUUACGGAUCUGCUUCAUCAAGCCGCCAUUAGCCACAACAACUACACUCCGGACAUGAGGGUGGAAGCGCGAUAUGUGAAGCGACACAACCUGGUGAAGUUUUUGACGCCGGAACUGGCCAAAACGCUCAAGCUCAGUAAAUCGAAAGAAGGUCGCAAAUCUAAAACAAAUGCAAACAACGGAAACGCGGAGAACUCGGCAAAGGCAAAGAAAACCGAGGAAGCAGCGAAGAAAGAAGAGUCCAAAGGAGAGAGCAAGGAGAAAUUGGAAACGCAUCAAUCGAGUAUCACAAUGGCGAAAGACAUCGCCAUAACGACGAAUUUCGAGGGGCAGCGCGCUGAGCGAUCGGUCAAAAACGCAGAGGAAAAAGAAUCAAGCGAUUCCCUCCCCAAAGUCGAAAAAGCCGCCAAUCCGCCAAAAACUGUCCAGAAAGAGAACCGCAAACGAGCUCUCGACGAUGGAGACAAUGACAUAUUUCGUGAAAAGAAGAGAAUGUCUGAAGGAGCCGACCCUAACAUGAUUUCGAAGACAAUCCAACUCAAAUUCGCCCAGUAA